UGAGGAAAAUUUGUCGUCCAGAAGGGUGAGGCCGGGGGAGGUACCACGGCGGUUACGGUAGCGGAUGGCAGAGCAAGGAAGGGUGCGAUCGAACGAGCAUUUAAAGAGGCCAGGAUGAAGGAAGGUCUCCCCCCCCCCGUCUAUGCCAUCAUCACCCUCUUCUCUCAACGUCUCUCAACAAAAUGCAGUUCUCCGCUGCCUUCCUUUCCGCGCUCCUCGUCGGCGGCGCUUUCGCCGCGCCAUCCUCGUAUGCCUCGGACGGCAGCCUCGCUCCACGCGACCCUCUCAAUGCUGGUCAGCUCUUUCCGUCGCAAGCGGCCGCUACUGUUGAGCCCGUAUUUGCCCGCGCGGACGUGGAGUACCUCAAGGACGUUCCGAUCCACUCCUCCUGUAACGCCACACAAACGGCGCAGAUCAAGGCCGGGCUAGACGACAUGGUGGUGCUUGCACAGUCCACCAUCGACCACGUUUUGCGCCAUGGUCGCGACGAGCUCUUCACCACCUACUUUGGUGAGGAGGGAGACACGGCACCAGUCAUCGGUAUAAUGACUCAGGUCAUCAGUCGGAACAAGCAAGGGAUGGUCAUCCGUUGCGACGACCCAGACGCCAAGUGCAACCAGGAAGGCUGGUACGGAUACUGGCGUACCGAAGUGCAAAGCGAGACCAACAUCUGCGAUCUCUCCUUCCCCACUCGUCGCAGGCUGCCGCAGAUCUGCGGGCUUGGCUGGACCGUCGCUGGCUCAAACAGCGCCUUGUUCUGGGGCGCCGACUUCCUACACAGGCUCUUCCACGUGCCUCAGAUCAGCAACGAGAAAGUUGUUCAUGCUGCAGACUCUUACCUCGAGGUUCUCGAGCUCGCCAAGAAGAACGCAAGCGCCGCCGUGCUUAACCAGCACUCCCUGCAGUACUUUGCCCUAGAUGUCUAUUCGCGCCAGCAAGUGCCAGGUGGCUGCUUGGGCACGCCCGAGCCUGUGAUCUCUGCCACCGCUGCGCCGGCCGCGUCCACCCCGGCUGUGUCCGCCUUAACGCCCUCGCCCGCUGCGACUGCCGCCCCCGCCGGAGUUAUCAAGGACUGCCACUCGCAUGCAGACGGCACCAUCCACUGCGGCGCCGACUAGGAUGCAUCGCAUAAGCCCGUUAUAUGUGAGCACUUCAUGUAAGUAAUAAGGGAAGAUCAUGGUCAAUUUGAUCACUUCUCAGGCGCGUAAAGAUCAUCUAGAGUGU